AGACAAACAAGUGAUUGUGGAACAAGAGAGACAGACUCGCUGCAUGGGGAGAGAGACAGAGGCAUUCAUCUGGGAACACUCACAUACAGGAGAGACAGCACUUCUGGGUGUCUCUGUAGCUCUAUAAUCUGCCGACAGAACCAUGAGGGGCACCCGGAAAUACCAGCAUGUGAUUGAGACCCCCGACCCUGGGAAAUGGGAGCUGGCCGGUUAUGAGGAAUCUCUGCCAAUCAGUGAGAAGUCCAACCCCAUUACGCGUGAGCUGGAUAAAUCCGACCCCUCCCAGUUGGUGCAGCUCCUGAGAGACUGCGAUGCUGAGAUAUUCCAGGAGGAAGAUGCGAAUCUCAUUCAUUAUCAUAGACUGUACAGCGAGUCGGUGCUGCAGACAAUGGGGGACAUCGCUAAGCGAGUGCAGGAAGUAUUAAAGGAUCCUGAGGGGGGCCUGGUGGUCCUGAGCGGCUGUGGGACCUCGGGGCGACUGGCGCUUCUACUGGCUAAUUCCUUCAAUCUCCUAUUAAAGGGGCAGCACAGGGCCCCCCGUUACUGCUACAUCAUGUCCGGAGGGGACAGAUCCAUUGUGUCGGCUCAGGAAUCCCCAGAAGAUGACCCCCAUGUGGGGGCCCAGGAAUUAGAGAAGGUUUGUGAGGGGAAGAAGAAUGUGGUGUUUGUCGGCAUUUCCUGCGGCUUGUCUGCCCCGUUCAUCGCCGGCCAAUUGGAUUUGUGUAUGAGGCACCUGGAUGUGUACCUACCGGUGCUGGUGGGCUGUAACCCAGUCAGUAUGGCCAGGAACGACCCCAUCGAGGGCUGGCACUCCAGCUUCCGGCAAGUGGCCGAGCGCCUCCAGGCCCUGCACGAGUCCCACAAAGGCUUCAUCCUCAACCCGGCGGUGGGGCCUGAAGCCGUCAGUGGUUCCUCGCGCAUGAAGGGGGGAAGCGCCACCAAGAUCCUUCUGGAGACCCUGCUCCUGGUGGCCCACAAGGCCGACUCCAAUGUGCCAGUGACUGAGAAGUGCCUGCUGGAAAUCCUGCGGACGUACGAGAGGGCCCACAAGGUCACCUACUCCCAGAGCAAGAAAAUUGCAGCCCUGAUGAAACAGACGGCAACGAGUUUACAGAAGGGCCAUUUGUACAUCCUCGGCUGGGGCACCCUGGGGCUGGUGGGCAUAAUGGCUGCAGUGGAGUGUGGGCCCACCUUCCAAGCAGACUGGAGGGACGUGCGGGGCUUUGUCACUGGCGGUUACGACUCCAUAGAGAACAAGGAAGGGGACCUCUCAUCACUGGGGCCGGAGUUUCCCAUCUCCCAUGAAGACUUUGUGAGGAACGUUCUCCCCUCGGUGUCGGAAACAGACGCGGUUCUGCUCAUCUUCACUCUGGAUGAUGAGCUCAAUCAGAUAGAAAAGCUGGCGGCUCUGGUCAAGGAGAAGACCUCAAAUAUUCAAUGCAUAUCCCAUGCGACGGCCGGACAGUACUUACCGAAUUCCCUCAAGAAGACAAUUCCAAGUAUCAUUGGGAUGACGUGGCCCAUCCUGUUCCUGGAGUAUGAGGGCACUUUUAUCCAGAAAUUCCAGAGGGAACUGAGCACCAAGUGGAUUCUGGACACGGUUACGAGCGGCGCCUACGCCCUGAGGGGAAAGAUCUUUAGGAACUUUAUGGUGGACUUUAAAAUCACUAAUUCCAAACUGUUCCACCGGGCGGCGUCGGUUCUGCAGAGGGUAACGGGGCAGUCCCAGCAGCGCUGCACAGAGGUUCUGCUCCAGUCCAUUUACGGGGAACAGACCCUCUCGGAGCAGAUUAGGAACAGAACCAUUGCCGGACAUGUGGGAGCAGCCGCCUCGCAGGACAAGGUGCUUCCGGUGGCCAUAGUGAGUUUGCUGCGGAACUGCGCGGUACAAGAGGCCAGGUCCCGGGUUGACUCCUCAGCGUCCAUUCGCGCCGCCAUUGAGUCCUCUCUGAAUGUGCCCGGGAGGAAGAGGGGGGCAGAGGAAGGCUCAGGGAGUGAGGGGCGCAGUCGAUGAAGGACCCACUGGCUUCAUUCACAGAACAGAUGGAGCGUUUGGCCUGAGGACUGGGGGUGUCGGGGGGCUAUUUGCACAAAUCCCGCGCUUUCUCUUUAACCCCCCUUGUUCCACUGAUACUUUUCCAUUGGUCGGCGCCAUAUAUUACUUCCUGUACUGUGACUGUGUCAGAACCCAAAGAGCUUGCAAUCAGAUCAAGGAGCGGGGGGAUGGGGGAAGUUCAUAUAAAAAGUUACAUGCUU